AUGGACGACGUCCUGCUCGCACUCCCUCUCGUCGCAAUUCUCGCCCAAUACCUCGUCGUGGCCUCUCGGGCCAUCACCAUACCAAGUACCAGCUUCAACUUUAGCGCGCAAUCCGAUACGGACUGCGUGUACAAGUUCCGAUUUACCAAGCAGCAGAUCGUCGAGCUCGUGCGCUCGCUGUGUUUGCCCGACGAAAUCAUCACGACGCACCGCUACAAAGCCGAUCAGUUGAAGGCGAUCUGUAUCAUGCUCAACCGGCUCGCGUUGCCGCAUCGGCUUGGCUCCAUGGUCGAGACGUUUGGACGCAGCCGCGAGGCCUUGUCCGCGAUCAGCAACCACGUAAUGAUGCACGUGUACGACUGCUUCCAUCACUUGCUCGAGUGGGACGAAGCUCGACUUGACGCCGACUGGAUGCAACACUGUUCGGCCGCUAUCCAUGCUCAAGGGGCUCCCCUUACAACUUGCAUCGGCUUCUUUGAUGGCACCGCGACACCCGAUACGUUAUCUACGGAGAUCCCGCCAAACAAGAAUUGA